GAAGACGCCAUGGUAGUGCUGAAGAUCAAGAAAAAUUCAGAUGGCUCCCAUCAACGUGUGAAAGCUAGUGAUUUUGAUGAUGUCUCAAAAGACGUCCUUGUAACUGCGACCUCUAUUUUCCGCUGUCUAAUUGUCACACAGGCGCCAUUUCCAGAUACGAUUGCUGUCGAGACGAUGCUGGCAAAAGAGGCCUGGCAUGAGGUGUGCGAAAUAAAAGGCAUCAGUGUCAAAUUAAUGCCUUCAGCAGUCAAGAUGCUUUUGAAACGCACAUCACAUGUGCGUGGCGAGCUCAAAACAAAGAUGCGGUCACUAACUCGUUCGUUUUUUGGUUUCCGGUUGAGUGAUUUGAGGGAGGUUGUAAGGCAAAACCAAGAUCUAGCAGAAUCUUUGAAAGACGGUUCAUCCUUUGUUUACAAGGACUGGACAGCGAAGACGGGCAUAUACAAGACCAAAUUACUCCAAGAAGGGAUCAAUGUUAUGUGGUUUGCAAACCGAAAUGAUGAAGGCGUUGUCUACCAUAAGCAUUUUAACCCCAUGCCUACUGAGAUUAUUGUGCUCACGCUUACAGCCAUUGGAUGCUGUAUUGAUGAGUGGCUGCAGGGCUUGAAAGAAGACAUCAAAUUUACAGCAGCUACCUAUGGAUGUGUCUACCAAACUCAUUUGAGCUCAUUGCAGCGUUUUGACGAGCGCACAGCACCUUAUAAGCUCUUUGAAAGAAUUUGCGACAAUUUGCAUGAUGUGGCUCGGUACGUUUCACUACUAUAA